CGGAACCGAUCGGGUCAUGAAGGACGGCCGCAGAAGUAAUGUUUGGACGUUGUCUUUAAGUCUGCGUUCAUCUUUACUGUUAUUGUAAUUCGUCUGCCAUAAGAUAAACUAUACUUAAUUAUUCCUCACGUUAAGAUCAACUCGACUCGUCGAAGUGAACUUCUGAGGCUUCUCCGGCUAGUUUAGCUUGCUAGCUGCUAACAAAGAACCGCGGGAGUUUUAUCAACACGUCGCUCAUCAGAUAACACGUAAAGUGUUGCGAUUGUGUCAAAAUGUGUAAAGUACACAUGCUAAGGUUGUUGGUGAACCAGCGACUAACUGCGGCCGUUGAGGAAAUAUUUGUAGUGUUGGAAAGGACGAUAGCGGAGUACGAGGAGGAACUUUCUCGAACAAAAGAGGAGAACGAGCGACAACGUCAACUACUGGACGCAGUCUUCAAGAAACCCCAAGUGAGAGAUGUCUGUGAAGAACAUCUCCCUGAGCAGCAGGAGUGGACCUCCAAGAUGGAAGAGGAGGAGCCACAGCCUUCCUACAAUACAGAGGAAGAAGUGGAGGAACAGGUCAUCGGUCAGGAGGUUGAGCUUGUUGAAUGGUUUGAGGAGUUCCCGUUAACUGUUGUCAUUGUGAAGAGUGAAGAUAAUGAGGUCAAUAGUGAAAGUGAGGAGAAGAGAGAGGUGGAGCCUCCAAGCAGCAGCUCAACAGAAGCUGAUGGAGACCAUUGUGGAGGAUCACAAGCAGACAAGCUCUUAGCUCCACUGUCAAAUAAUGACAACACAACAACACACUCUUCUGACAUCCAUGAGGAAGACUCUAUAGCUGAUACGACAUGUCACACUGACAACACACACUUGAAAUGCUCUCACUGUGACAAAACCUUUAAACACAUGUGUAGUCUGAAAGUACACAUGAGAAUACACUCCGACGACAAACAUUUUCCCUGUUCGAUCUGUGAUAAAAGUUUCAUACAAAACAGUGACUUGAAACUACACAUGAGGGUGCACACGGGAGAAAAACCCUACAUGUGCUCAGUUUGCGGUAAAAGAUUCUCCCUGAAGCAACAUUUGGUAAGGCACACGCGAAUACACACGGGCGAGAGACCGUAUUUUUGUCCGAGCUGCAACAAAAGCUUUUGCGACAAAUCGACAGUUGUCGUGCACAUGAGAAGACACACGGGUGAGAAAGCGUACAGUUGCAGCGUGUGUGAUAAAAGAUUCUCUUAUAGGUACCAGUGGAAGAAACACAAGUGUGUAGCAGCAAAUUAAGCUGCAGGAUUUUAAAUUAACUGCCACAACUUUGACUUUCUAACAACAUCACCACAAAUAACAUGUGUGAGAUCAGUUUUGUGUGUGUAACACAGUCAUGUUGUUAUGCUUUUACCAUUUAUAGAUUAGAUGUUUGUGGAAGUCGAUCUCUACCCGUUCCACAGGAGCCAGGCGUGCCCUUUUAACAGAGUUUUAUUGGCCAUGCAUAUUCAAGCACAAUCUUUCUAGAAGCUUUUCUCUCCAGUCUCUCCCAACGCUUCCUCCUCCGCUGGCCGCUCACUGUUAAAGACAGCAGAUGAUUAGAUUAACACGUACAACCUGUGAAAUCUAAUCACCUGCCAGCUGUGUUUCGUCGUCCCGCAAUUCGACACCAUUGACAGAGGCAGUGACCUUUGCUCCUGAUCGCACUUUCCCUCCACAAUGUUUUACAUUAGUGUUUUUAU